CUUUUGAUUCUUGCCCAGUUCGGUCGUGUUUCCGUGCGCUUACUUCUCGCAAACCGGUUCAGUGCCAUAAUAUUGUUUUCCCUUUGAUAAAACAAUAUAAAAUCCCAAAAUGAAGAUAGAUCUUGUGGUGGAUAAUGGACCGUGCAACUCGGAUCUCCGUAGCUGGUGUCUCGGAAUAGCGAUCUACUGGCUAGUUAGCAUGACAUUAAGCGUACUAGUCGCUCCAAACGUACUCAACUUUGUUGGAUUUGCAAUUGUUGUUGUUGCAAAUGUUUGUUUACUUAUCGGCACUCAGAGGGAAAAGCCAAAGCUGUUCAUAGUUUGGUUGAUUUUCGCCGCGAUUGAAGCUAUCAGCUUUCCGUUCGCCGUUUUGGGUGUUAUCUUCCACUACGGCGGAUAUCGUGAGGCUACUGGAUUUAACAACAUUUUUGGCGCCUUGAUCAUCUACAUCAUUAAUUUCUUACUUAUUGCCUUCAGCGCCCGUCUUGUGUACUCCCACUACCUCCAGCUUAAGAAUCGUGAGGACAGCAAUUCGCCACGCACAGUGAAUGUGAUUUAGUUCUUAACUGCUAGACUGUUCGUUGGGGGAAGUCCCCGUUUCAAUAAAACGCGCUUGUUUAUUUGAAUUGCA